AUGGUUGUCGAUCCCCUUUGUCCUUUAUGUGGUGAGAGUGAUGAAUGUACUCUGCAUAUGCUGGUGAAGUGUAGAGAAGCAAAGAUGAUUUGGUAUAUUUCGCCCCUACGCUUAGAGGUGGAGAGGUAUGAUGGGGAAACUUUCCAUGAUUGGUGCUGCUCUGUCAGGAAGAUAUUCAAGGAGGUAGCUUGGUGGGAUAUUUUCUGGAGUAUUGCUUGGGGGGUGUGGUUGAAGCGUAAUAGGUGGUGUUUCGAAGGGAAGAGAUAUGAAAUGUCUGAAGUUAUUCAUAGAGCUGUUGGCAUUGUUGGGGAAUUUGAGCAGGCACAGGCCAUUAGCAACAUCAAUCCUCCUCCUCCAGCCUUCGACGUGAGUUGGAAGCCUCCAAUGGAGGGUGUGAUUAAGAUUAAUUCUGAUGCAGCAGUGUUCUCUCCAAGUGGGGUGGGUCUUGGUGGUGUUAUGCAUGAUUAUGUAGGUGAUGUGGUGGUCUCGACUUGUCUUAAGCUGGAGGGUAAGUUUGAGGUUGAUGUAGUUGAAGCUCUUGCCAUGAGACAUGCUCUAAACAUAUAG